CUCCCCCCACCCUUUUCAUCUAUUAGUCCAAUCCCAUCUCAAUCCAUCUCCCAGGUCUCUCCCCCCCCCUCUCUCUCUAUCUACCAAACUCCUCAUCUAACUUUCUCUGUAGUUGUCUAUCUUGAUACAAGAAGAAGACAGAGAAGAAGCUAUGGAGAUGGGGAGGGGACUAGGAGUAGGGGUCCAUGGAAGGACUUGGAGCUCUGCCAACCCACCAACUGAAGAGGACAUGGAUUUAAGAAGAGGACCUUGGACUGUGGAUGAAGACCUCGUACUCAUGAAUUAUAUCGCCGCCCAUGGCGAGGGCCGAUGGAAUUGUCUUGCUCGUUGCGCAGGACUGAAAAGAACAGGGAAGAGCUGCCGGCUCCGAUGGCUCAACUAUCUCCGCCCGGAUGUCCGGCGCGGUAACAUCACCCCCGAAGAGCAGCUCCUAAUCCUCGAGCUCCACUCUCGAUGGGGAAACCGGUGGUCCAAGAUCGCGCAACAGCUGCCGGGGAGGACCGAUAAUGAAAUAAAGAACUACUGGAGGACCAGGGUGCAAAAACAUGCAAAGCAGCUCCAAUGCGACGUUAACAGCAAGCAGUUCAAAGACGUCAUGCGAUACCUAUGGAUGCCUCGCCUCGUUGAAAGAAUCCGGGCAGCCUCCGGCAGCUCUCCGGCAGCCAUCUACCAGAAUGCUAGUGUCCCGAUGGCCGGCAGUGAGCAGCCGGCUGAGCCGGGCAGCGAGGCCGGGCAAGUGAAGCUAAGCCCAGAGACAUCCAGUGCCGCCGGGUCGUCGUUGGACUCGGUCGGUAUGCAGUUCUCGUCACCUCGGAUCUCCGACUGCUUCUCGGAGUGCUACGGCGGCAUGCAGGGAGGUGAAAAUAGGAACGGUGACGGGAUUCCAGACGUUCAGAUCGGUGGGUGGUGGCCGGAGUCGCUGCUCAGCCCGGGCGGUAACAGUAACCAGGGGUUACCGGACUUCGAGCAGGGCGCAUGGGGAGAGAGUUUGUGGAGCGUGGAGGAUACUUGGUUACAGCAGCAGUUCUAAACCGAGGAAAAGAAGGGAAAAGUAUGCCUUGUAAAGACUACACCAAUAUAUAAGCACAGAUUGGAAUUGUGAAAAGAAAGGAGAAAGAAGAGAAGGAAGAGGAAAUCACUGGAGAAUUUUGAAGUCUUCCGAUCUUUUUCUGAAGAAUAGUUGGAAUUUUUUAAGUUUUCCGAUCUCUUUCUCUUCUUUGUUUCUUCUAUUUUUUAAAUGAUAAUAGAAGAUUUGUAGUUUUAAUCUCAUUUUUUUCAUCAGGAUGCCAAUGUAAGCUGUUGUUCCUAGAUGUGUAAUAAAUCCACUUGUGAAUUAAUUGUUGCCACUCUA